CUAGUAACACCAUUAUUUGUGUCCUUGUUCUUGUUGCCAAAAUCGCCAAAAUUUAGGAAAAAAUCCUCCAUUGAAUCCCAGAAUCCGUAUUGAAACAGUUUAUUCGUAAAAAUUAAGUGUUUAAAUUUGCUGGAAUUCUAUUGCGUAGCAAUUUUCACUUUCAAUUUCUACAUAGUUCUACUGUACAAUAUAAUUUCAACGUAAGCAGCGAUGGAAGAUAAUUCUUCGAGCGAUGACGAAAUUCCAUAUUCUCCUACCAGUCCCAAAUUUGGUGGAAAGAAACUUAAACUAAACGAUGGAAGUUCACAGGACAGUUUCAAAGAAACAGUUGGAUCGGCGAGUAAAGAUGAAAAUGUCGACAGUGGAGUGUCUGCGGAUAAGUCUGAGAGUACAAGUAGCGAUGACCGAGGAGCUGCGGCAUCUGAGGGUCCAUCCAACGAGGUUGUUAAUGCAGCACCGUCAGGCAGCAAUGUUCGGACCAUACUUUUGAACCUCAGACGUCCUAAAUGGGGCAGGAAUUACAGGAAAAGGAAGACACCCGACAGAGACACGGAUAGCAAUGCAUCGUCACGGGAUUCUGAUGACCUGUCAGCUGAGGAAACUGCCCCUACAGCACAGAGAAAUGAUAGUAAUUCUGAAACUGAGAGUGAUGAUUUGAGGAGGCUGGCUGAGUUCCUAAGUCCCGAGUCCGAUGAUACAGACAGUGGAUCAUCAAGCUCAUCAGACGGUAACGACAGCUAUGAAUCAGAUAACCUGAUAGACAUACAUUCGGGAGAUACCGACACCGAUGACGAGGCAGCAAUAAACAGAUCCAACGAGGAUAAUGAUGAUGGAGAGGAGAAAGGCAAAAAACCCAGUGUGCUGCUGAAAACGCGGCCUAAACACAGUUAUUUAUUACUUAGAGAAAUAAUAAAUCGUGAGAUGGGGCUGACAUUUCCCUGCGGCAAGACCGCGAAAGACGAUGUCUUGUUCGAGCAAAGAUUCUACGGGUCACUGCACGCGAUAUACAGAAUGAAAAAACUACAUAAUCUUAACAAACAUAGAGGCUGUGUUAAUUCCAUAAAUUUUCACCCAGAAGGACACCUCCUAGCGUCAGGGUCGGACGACACGAAUGUGGUGGUGUGGGACUGGGCCCGCAACACAGCCAUACAGACGAUCAAGACGGGCCACAAGUCCAAUGUGUUUCAGAGCAAGUUCCUAUACCUUAAUGCUAAGAGUCAGUUAAAUAUCGUCACGUGUGCUAGAGAUGGUCAGGUGCGCCUGCUGCAGUGCCACCCGAGCGGCGGGUCCACGGUGUCGCGGCGGCGGCUGGCGUCACACGCGCGCGCCGCGCACAAGCUGCACGUGUGCGCCGCCGAGCCGCACCUCGUGCUGUCCGCCGGAGAGGACGGGCUCGUCAUGCAGUGCGACGUGCGCGCAGAGCACGCCUCCAGGCUGUUCCAAGUGAAGGACCGCAGCGUGAUCGUCCCGCUGUACAGCGUGUCGGGGCACCCGCGCGACCCGCGCGAGCUGGUGGUGGCGGGGCGCGACAAGUUCGUGCGCCUGUACGACACGCGCAAGGCCGCGCGCCCGCGAGCCAUGUACUGUCCCGCCUUCUUCAACGAUCACGCCGGUAACGUGAAGAAAAAAGUCCGGUUGUCAAUGAUGCACCUGACAUGUGCAGUGUACAACCACGAUGGCACGGAGAUACUUGGCUCAUAUAACGACGAGGACAUUUAUUUAUUUGAUACUCAAAACGACGUUUAUGACAAAGACAACACAAACGAGUUAAAAGAAGGUUUCACACAUCGGUACAGCGGUCACAGGAACAGCGCAACAUUCAAAGGCGUCGCGUUCUUCGGACCUAAGAGCGAGUUCGUCGUGUCCGGGUCAGACUGCUCCUAUAUAUACAUGUGGGAUAAGAAGUCCGAGGCCAUUGUACAGUGGCUGCAAGGCGAUAUGAAUGGAGUUGUGAACUGUAUAGAAGCUCACCCGCGGUGUCCUGUCCUGGCCACGAGCGGGCUCGACAAAGAUGUCAAGAUCUGGAUACCGAAGAGUCAGAGCGAUCCUAAUUAUGACGGAUUAGAAAGGGUGGUCCGUGAGAACAGCGUGUCCGCGCUGCGCAGCCCGCUGUUCAACGACUUCCUGCCGACGCUGUACAGCGCGUGGCGCGGCGAGAGCCGGCUGUUCUCGGACGACGCCGCGGCGCCGCACGACAACAACAUCGAGUUCGACGGCAACGUCUGCACCACCUUCUAGGGCCCGCUCAGCCGGCCCGCGCGCCCAGCCACGCGGCCGACACGCCGCUAGGGCCACGCGAUGCUCUGUUGUUGUUUUUGUUUAGUUCUUGGUUUCAUUAUUUGGUCAGUGUUGUAGGGUAGAAUAGAGCGAGGCGAUGUGCUCUCAGCUUCAAUGUCAACAUUAGUUUGACAGUAGUAUGGGAAGUGAUUUUGGAAAAUAUUACUGUAUGUAUCGCAAAUCGUAGGAAUAUCACGACGUGAUUUCAUUGUUUGUGCAUACGAUUGUAUAUUAUUCGAAUAAGGCUAGAAAUAAACGGCUGGAAAAUGAACAACUUAAGAUGUGAUUAACAUGACGAUUAUCUAUGUUUGGAUUUGGAGAAAGACACUGCAAUGUCACCGUUAUAACUCAUAGUUGAAGUACUCAGUGAUUCGGUAAACCUAGGAACCAUACGGUCACACUAUUGAGAACGUUCUAGAAUAACACCUGUCCUAGAACAGCAGAAAAUGAAGAUGACUUACUCAUUGUGUGAUUUAGACUGACGAUAUUUUGUACAUUCAAUUUAAAUUUGUAACGCAUUCUUGUGGCCGAAUAAAUGUUUACGACGCUUCAAGACGCAAGGCGACUAAAUAAACACAGACAUAAAUAUGGCGUGUUAGAGCUUAUAAUUAAAAGAAACUUAGUCAUAGCAUCAUUGCCGUUAAUCCGCCAUUUCUGUGUAAACCCGUUUUCUAGAAUAACACUGCAUUUGAACUAGACUCGUUAUUACAUCUAGGAAUUAAAAGUUUUAUCUUCUGUCAUCGCAGUUUAGUUGUACUGUAAAAUGUAAUGCCAAACAUACACAUGUGUAAUAUUA